AUGAUGGACGCGAUAGACUCCAUUGAUCCGUACAGCCGACCAGCGCGCAGGACACAAUGGAUCGUCAGCACACUGGCUUACCACUACGGACUGGACCGGGGCGUGGAGAACGAGAUCAUAGUUUUGGCUACCGGACUGGAUCAAUACCUGCAGGAGAUUUUCCAUCAUAUGGACUAUCAAGGUGGAGGCAAAAUCCCCGUGGAAGACUUUAACAUACUGUGUGAAGUCCUGGGACUGAGCAAAGACUCGGAGGACACAGAGUGCGCCGGAGUUUCAGAACAUUUACCCAGCGAGCUCACCUUCCGGCACUUCCACGCCAAACUGUGCGGGUACUUCAGCACCAAGGCGGGGUGUCAGUAUGAGAACGGCCGGCUGCUGGUCGGGAAGGACAGCGAGCAUAUAGAAACUCAGAUCCGCCUGAGGAGCCCUCUGAGGCGGCGAGAGAAGCUGCUGUCUGUGGGUGUGAGCGGCGGCUCCUGUCCCUCCUCGGAGGGGCGACACGCCUCCGGCUGUAGGCUCGGGUCCUGCACCAAGGAGUGCUAUGAGGAGAUUGUGGCGCUGGAGGAGGCAGAGGACCGAAUAUCCAAACUGGAGGACGAGAAUGCGAGUUUGAGGGAGCUGAUUGAAGACAUGCGAGCCGCACUUCAGAGCAGCGAUGCCCGCUGUUUGGCCCUGCAGGUAGGACUAUGGAAAAGCCACUCCAAACAUAAACCAGAGGAAGGCUGCUUUGUAGCCCACCAGAAACAAGCUGCCCAGAAAAGUAUGAGCAGCGCCAGCCUGAAAGGCAGCACCUACAGCAACCUGAAGAGCCUGCAGAACAUAAUCCACGAGAUAGAGCUGCUGCGGAGCUCCAGAGACCUACAGGUCGAGGAAGCCAUGCUGUGCAAUCAGAGACUGGAGCAGGAACUGUGGAGCACUAAAGAGACUGUGGCUGCUCUGGAGGACUGCAACCAAGCCCUGAAGAGGGAGCAGGUGGGCAUGAGGAGGAAGGUGGAGGAGGCCAGGCAGGCGCUGCUCAGCGGCCUGGGUAAGGUGAAGGAACUGGAGACCAAGGCCAGUCAUGUGCCGGCUUUGCAGAGACACAUCCUCCAGCUGGAAUCAGAACUCCUCUACUACAGGUCGGAGGUGUCGAAGCUACAGCUCCCAAGGAGCACCAGGGCGGAGCAGCAGCUGAGUGUUGGCAGCAGGCCGGCCCAGAGAUGUUGCUCAGACUCCCAACAUGACCGCUGUUCUCCGACAGGGCGUGCUGUGACGACCCCGGAUAAGAUGGAGGAGCAGCUGUUUCGCUCGGUGGAGGGCCAGGCAGCCUCCGAUGAGGAGGAGGACAAGUGGACCGGAUAUCAGCAGAGGCAGGUGGACGAGGUGAAGAGGAUCCUGACCCGGCUGUCCUGCUGUGGGGGAAGGUGUGACGACAAAGCGUUCAAGAAGCUGAUGUCUAAUUUCGGGAGCUCGAGGAGCGAGGAGAGCUGCAGCGCUGUGGUGGAGCUCCUGGAGAGGGUGACCAGGUUGCAUAAGCAGCUGGAGCUGAAGGAGAGCCAGGCAGAGAUAGACAUGGACCAGAUGAAGGACUCUCUGCUGCAGGAGCUGCAGCAGAAGGCGGAGGAGACGGAGCUGCUUCAGAUGGAGCUGCAGAUGCUGGAGACAGAGAGGGUUCGUCUGUCACUGGUGGAGGAGAAACUCGUGGACAUCCUGCAGCUCCUCCAGCAGCUCAGAGACCUGAACGUCUCACGGAGGUCUCUCGGGAAAAUCUUGCUCAGCACUUUAGAGUCUUGCAGCGACCCUCAACAUGGGAAAGCCCACAUUCUGGAGGUGCUCAACGCUCUCUAUCAUGAACUGGCUGCCUGUGAGAUUCUGUCGACUGGUGGACCUUUGGAGCGAACACAGAGUCAGCAGUCUCUGAACGCCCUCAUCAUCUCCUGCUAACCAGGACUGCCUCCUGGUGGGCCAGUGAUGCUCCAACAGCCGUUCCAGGGGACAGUGACAGCUUAACAAUGGUCCAAAAACAAGCUGAUUGAUGUGUAUAGUGUAUUAUAUUGUACCUCAUAUACUCCUUAGAGCCUAUCAUCUAUAGUGGGAUAUUAGUCUAGAAUAUUAGUGUAGCAAAGGGCUUUAUUACAUAUAAAUUCUUAUACGUGCUUUUUCAAGAUCUUUUAUUGCACAUGACUCUUUCAUGAUCCAGUCUGGAUUUUUUUUCCCACAACAAAGUUUUGAAUGUGAAAAUGUUGAAAUAAGCUAAACCUUAAAGGGACAUAAAGCAGUCUGUGAGCUGUAUUGACCCCCACUGGUCAACAGCUCAACAACAUCCCUGAUGGAACUGAUUUAAAGGAAAUCCUGUCCUGUCAAGUGUGCAUUUCAAGAGCAAAAGUAUUAUAUACAGAGAAAGGCCGCCUACAUUUGACUAAAUAUGGAGAACACAAUUUGUGUGUGCUUUUGCGGCCCUCGGGAUGCCAGUGUUGUUUAAUGGUGCAUUCAGGUGGCUUAGUCUUGGCAGUAUUGGGAGACAUCAGACGUUUCACAUGUGCUGGGUAUUUGCCAUCAGGUGAUCAUCUGUCAGUGUUAUAUAUGCAUCACAUGAACUGGACC